GCUUGAGGGCAGACGCUUUUCGUCCAAGUACGUACUUCUCAUCAUGUUCUUCCGUUGCAUGCGAGGAACAAGUGAACAAGUGGGUUGCCCUCAUGACGAUGGGGGCAAUGGGGAGGGGGAGUAAAGAGGUGACCUGGUGUUGUUGCAGUCAUCCUGCGUGUUGCUCAAAACCAUCUGAGUGAGUGUGUGAUUGUGUGUGUGUGUUCUACGCAAAAGAAAUGAAGAAGAGCACCCUCGUUGGUGGGUAAAAGCCGCGUCACCUAUAAAUACCAUUUGGCCACUUGGAGAGGUCAUCAGUUCUUGGUUUGUUGUGCCUCAUCCAACACUCGGUCCCAUCCCAACUCCCCAUCCCAUCCCAUUCCUCUUUUCCCACCCAUCCAUCCAUCCAAACACCCAUCCCCUCAAGAUGUUCAAGAGCGUCGCCAUCAUCCUCAGCGCUUGCGUGGUUGGCUACUUGGCCCUCCCUCAACAGUCCCCCAACGACCAAUCCUACCUUUUCCCCGACCAGGCCGAGACCCUCCUCUACACCCCCUUGUCCCUGUCCUUCUCCUGCGAGGCCCGUGAGUACGGCUACUACGCCGACACUGACAAUAACUGCCAAGUGUUCCACAUCUGCCUGCCCAUUGAGGAUGAUAUCGGCAACGUGAUUGAGACCGCCCAAUGGUCGUUCAUCUGCGGCAAUGGAACCAUCUUUGACCAACAGACCUUGACCUGCAACUACGAGCAAGACUCGAUCCCCUGCGACCAAGCCGCUUCCCUCUACAACACGGUGGAGUUCGGCAAGAUCCCCGAUUACUAAACAGGAUUGUCGACUCCUGGUCAGGUCGAAGAAUCCUCUAGGAAUCUUGGACUUGAAUGACACACAUAUUGUGAUCUCGUGUGAGCAAAAGUGAAAUGAAGAAGAAGAAUGUCUGUUCGUUCGCCCCCCAUCAUUGUUAAAGAAGUCAUCAUCAUCAUCAUCAUUUAAUUUAAGGCUCCCCAACCCUUAUCCUUUUCCCUCUCCCGUCCCCUCUCCCUCGUCCUCAUCCUCAUCCUUGUCCUCCAUCCCGUGUUUUGGACCGUCAGUGAACCGACCACCUUCUUUCGAGCUUUUCUCGAGUGAACAAAAGUGCUGGCUCAAUUUCAUUGACUCUCCGAUCAGUCCUCCCAAUACACCCACCACACCUCACUCCUCAUUCCUCAAUCCAGAACCCUCAUUCCCAAUCCCAUUCCAAUCCCCCAAAAUGAGCGCCCGGCAUCAAGGAAUGAUGCUAUUUGCUCAAAUCCUGGCCUUUUCCAGCCUCUACUCUUCAUGACAGACCAAUUUCCGCUUUCCACUCCUGAACCGACAAAGGGUUUUCCUGGUUAACGCCAGGAAAACUCUUUUUCCGUUUUCCUGGUCUGCCAUCUUCAACACCCAAACCCAAUUACCAUUAAAAACCCUUGGCAAUCCACCACCUCUCCACAUUUUGUUAUCUAAACCCAACCAUUUUUUGAAGGAGAUACUCAGCACAAACCACCACAAUGAAAAAACAGUGAUUUCAUCCAGAAGUUACUCAUAUUUAAACUAUUUAUGACACAAAAAAUCAAAUAAAAAAAUCAUAAAUCGUUCCAAUGGGGCCUGAU